CAUCGCUUCGCCUCCCUCAUCCACUUGCCCUCACUGUACCACGAAGCUCUGUCAUCCAAGCCUCUCCCUCGUCGCGUGCCACCAGCUCCAGGAAUGCGGCGACCAUGCCAGAGGGUUCGACAGACAAGGUGUUUGCCGUUUUCGACAAGGGUGCAUCGGCAGGUAUACAGGAGAGAAAGGCUGCCAAGAGCACCCCAAAGACUCGGACAGCACCGCAGGAUCCGGCGCUCGCACGCGAGGAAGCGAACAAGCGUCCUCGGCGGGCUGCGGCAGAGGCCGCAGAUGCCGCUUCCGUUCUUCAAGCUGCUGCUCAACGAGAGGCGAUCAAGGAAAGCCGGCGCAAGGGUCGCACACCGCGAGAAGAGGUCAGCACCAAGAGUGAUGGAGCUGGCCGCUCGUCCGAAGCCAAGUCCGUCGAGGGAGAUGCAAGGUCCAGCUCCGAAGCUCCCGAGGUGACUGCGGUGCGGCUUGGAAAGGGCAAGCGCAAGGACAAAAAGGGCCAUAGCAUGUCCCCUCGCAAGCAUCACAAUGGAGCUCCGGCCAGCGUCAGCUACAGAUCCAGACAGCCGCUCGAGCUAUCCCUCGACGUCAAGGGCACUGCAACCAAACCGGAGCAAGCGCACAGCUUUUUCGCUCGACGACCUGCACCUGCAGCAGCUCCAGCCCGAGGCGCUCCAGCAGCUGUGAGCGACGCGAAUGAGCAGCGGAGCCUCGAAAUGCUGCGCCGAGUGUCCGCGACAGCGAAACGGAAGCCUCAGAUCGAGGCUCCCUUUCCAGGACCUGGACAUGCUCACGUCAAUCGGGCGACGUCAGACAAAGAGUUCGCAGCCUCUUCACGGGUCUUCGAUCGGCGCGCUCCCCGGGACAAAGGCAAAGCGCGCCAGGUGGACGAGACGUGCAACGAGCUUGCAGCUAUAUGCAGCCACGAAUCGCGGAGAAAUGCAGGCGAGGGACCCUCCUCGAUGUCCUUCCCGAGGAGAGGUGAGCCGCGAGAGGUCCUGUCAAGCUUUUUGGAAGAGGUUGUUCCUCUGGCAAAGGCGAGGGGUCGCGAUGGCUCGCUACCUGCUGCGCUGACCCGCGCUAUGAACACUGUCACAAGCCGUGGUGCUAGCCAUGAAGCGAAGCGCACGAGCGAAAUGUGGACUCACCGUUGGCGUCCGUGUUCGGCAUCCGACUGUCUGGGCAACGAAGAAAUGGCAACGUACCUACGAGACUGGUUGCGGGAGCUUGAGGUGUCGCCUUGGGAGAGGAGAGAAACGCAAAUAAGCGGCGUCGGAUUGGACAAUCACAAAGGCAGCGCAGACGUGAGGUAUGCAAGCGUUCCAAAGCGUCGCGCAAUCGAGAAACGUGUGGAAAAGUCUGCGCAACGGCGUCUUGGUCGGUCGUCUACCAGAAGAAAGAAACGAGGGCCCAGCGGCUACAGCUCUGGCGACGAAGACGACAUGGCUGAUUUCAUCGUGGAUAAUGAAACGUCAGAGGGAGAUCAAGUCGAGGAUUCCAACUUUGACAGUUUUCGGCCUCCAGGCGAUGCGGAUUACGGAGCAGCCCCCGUGCACCUAGGCUCGCGCGCAACGGACACAGAUCCAACGUCACCAGCCUCUUCCGUCGCACUCCUUCCAGCCUCGAUGAAAGACGCUGCGAGCACGCCUGGAUCCUUUGCAGCAGCGCAGCAUCUCAGGAACUGCAUCGUCCUCACGGGGCCUAGCGGGGUGGGCAAGACCGCCGCAGUGUAUGCGUGCGCUUCAGAGCUUGGGUGGGAGGUGUUCGAACUGUUUCCUGGAAUGAAGAAACGGAGCGGAAAGGAUCUCGAAGGCGCGGUGGGCGCACUCUCGAGAAAUCACAUGGUUGGCUCUGGAGGCGGGGCAAGCGGAGGCUCAAAAAGUCAGUCUACCAAUGCUCUUUCUGCUCUCAUGGGUCGCGGCAACGAGGGCAGCCCUGCCACAGCAUCUUCCGAGCCCAGUGCGGCUCGACAAAGCUUGAUCCUGCUAGAAGAAGCAGACAUUCUAUACGAAGAAGACAAAGGGUUCUGGCCUGCAGUGGUUGAGUUGGUAGCAACUUCGCGCAGACCGAUCGUCAUUACAUGCAACGAUGUCGACUAUGUCCCUCUUUCGGAUCUCCCGGUGCAAGAAGUGCUGCAGUUUUGCAGCCCCACACCCUCCAUAGCCGUACCUUAUCUUCAAAUCAUUGCUCUGGCUGAAGGUCACAUGCUGGACUCUGAUGAGCUUACAGAGCUCUACCACACCACCACUACGCUGCAUGAUCCCCUGUCGGAGCGCAGGGUAGCUGCGAAUGGCCCAUUGCAUCCCGCUACCGAGCUCAUACACUCCGAGCGUCGAUGCGACAUCGAGAGUAGCCCCACGGUCUCUCACGAUCUCCGAGCCGCACUAAACCAGAUCCAAUUUGCAUGCCAGCACGCGGUCGGCGUGCCUCGGAAUGUGGACGGCGGUCUAGGGGAAGAGCACGCCGAGGAAUGGACACCGUCUUCGGAACACGGGCUGUGGAACCUGACGUCGCUCCACGGCUGCGCUCGGGCAGAGAGCCGCGAUGACGAAGGAGAGGCGAGGUGUGUAGUCUCCAAGCCGGAUUCUCCUGUGGACAUUUUGAAACAGGUGCGCCUACUCGGCAUUGCCUGUAACGCCCGGUCUUUUGCAGACGCGCAUCUGCAGCGCAUCUUUCGAAGAGACAGCGACUUGUACGAGCAUGAGCAAAUGUGCGCUAGCGUUAGCGACGUGCAACAGCCUGCGCACGUCUCGCAGCUCUACAAGUCCCAUCCUUAUCCAGAGACCAUCGCCAUUCCUUCCAUCGAAGGCGAAGAUCGCCUACUGGCCGCCAUCCAAGAUUGUGCGCAGAAGCUUCUCAGCAGUGCCGAGUGUGUUGCGCUUCCACCGUUUGACCCGCUUGAAUUCGACUUGGCGCGUUUGCGCCACUGCAAGGACGUGUGGACGUUGCUACGCUUGCAACAGCCCCAAUCUGUGUAUAGCUAUCGUCUACCUCGCGAGCAGUCCGUCACUGAGUACGCUCCAACCGUGAGGCAUGUUCAUGCCCUCGAUGACGAGGCAGAAGCUUCCCAUGAACAGGCUAUUGCCGCGGCACUCGCCGAAGCUCAAAGAGCCCCUUCGGAGGAUCAGCCAAUACGCAGUCUACGAGCUACCAGAAAUUCAGCUAGAAGCAACCUAGACGGAGGCUUCAGCAACCGUCAUUAUGAGCGCUGGUACCUCGCUGGACCGGAAGAGCUUGCAGCGGCGAGAAGAGGCCGACUCCUGCAGUAGUUCGUGUCUGUCCAUGCUUGACUCGCUGAGCAGAGCGCGCCCCGUGCCUGCGCUACGCUGCUGUGGUCACGUUUGAGCAUCCACGACUCCAAGGAAUGCAUUGCUGUUGCUCCGAUCGCUGUCCACGACGAGACCUGCAAGACCAUUCUAGAGGUCAUAUUAUCAGCCAGGCGAAACUCAUCGAAUCGCCCUCGUGACCAAGCUGUUUGAGACAGCUGAACAUGCUUGUUUGCUGCUGUCGCUCAUGAUGGCGUUCUGACGGUGGGACGCUCGCUCGCCUAUAGAUCUUUGCUCUCCCGGCUAGCUAGCGUGACCGGUGCCCGAUGCACAAGCGCUGGAACUCGCUACAACACCGCACAUGCAUAGUCAAGGCACCAUGCUGCAAGUCGCACUGGGCAAGGAAAAAGGCACGCGCACGCACGCACGC